CUGCGCGGAGGGGGCGGGGCCAACAUGGCGCCGAGCGCCGGCUGAGCGGCGCUUUGGCGGCGGUGAGACUUUUUCUGCGCGGGGCGCCCGGCUGCCGGGGCGGGUCUGAGGGGUGCCCGGGACGAGAGGCCCGGAAGGGCUCGUGUGGGGACCGGGAAGAGGACGGUCGGUGGUGUGUCCGCGCGCGUGGGGGCCCCGGGGUGCGCGUGCUCGCCCCGGAGGGAUGUUCGCAGGGGCGCGGGGCUCUCCGGCGCCUUCUUUCCCGCCGCCCCUCUGGCCGGGAGACCCCCGGCCCUCUCCCCGGCUCGGGAAGCCCCGGAUCUAGCGCCGGUCCCCCCUGCAAGGGGAAGACUUGCUGCCGACGCCGCUGGCCUGAGGGGGGCCCGCGGCCGCGGCGUGUGUCCGGAGCCGUGACGGCGGAAGGCUUUGAAGGGUCGGUAGGAGUUCUCCGGGGACUGGAGCGCGACCUCUGUGCGUCGCACCCGGCGCCCGGCACCGAGUCCCCGCGGAGUCAACGUGUCCCCCUCAGAUAAGGCGUCCCAGCGCGGGGGUGGACCCCUGCGAUGCUCUGAGAAGAACCACAUUGUCCUCGGGCCUCUCGGCCCCCUCUGCCCCCUCUGCCGCCCGACCCGUCGGCCCCGUCACUCGGACGCACGGAACGUUAAGCUUCCCGGACGAGCGUCCAGCGCGGACACCACUCCUGGCCACUCGGUCGCCUCCAAGUUCGGAUGGAGACGGCGGCAACUUGUCAGGCCCCUCGCCGCCAAGCCCUGUAACGCGUCCGUUCAUUCCCACACGCAUUUGUCCCCAAGGGAUCCGCCCAGUCUGGGCCCUGGAAAGCGCGGGGUGAACAGAUCUGAUGACGAGGGAUAACUGAUCGAUUCGUUAUUAGGCUCUCCAUCUGCUCACCCCCCCACAGCACCCUGCAGGGAGGGCAGGAGCAGCUGCAGGAUGGCUGAGGAGAAGAAGCUGAAACUCAGCAACACGGUGCUGCCAUCCGAGUCGAUGAAGGUGGUGGCUGAGUCCAUGGGCAUUGCCCAGAUCCAGGAGGACACGUGCCAGUUGCUGACGGACGAGGUCAGCUACCGCAUCAAGGAGAUUGCCCAGGACGCCUUGAAGUUCAUGCACAUGGGGAAGCGGCAGAAGCUGAGCACCAGCGACAUCGACUAUGCCUUAAAGCUGAAGAAUGUCGAGCCGCUGUAUGGCUUCCAUGCCCAGGAAUUCAUUCCCUUCCGCUUCGCCUCCGGCGGGGGACGGGAACUCUACUUCUACGAGGAGAAGGAAGUGGAUCUGAGCGACAUUAUCAACACACCUCUACCCCGGGUGCCCCUGGACGUCUGUCUCAAAGCUCACUGGCUGAGCAUUGAAGGCUGCCAACCUGCCAUCCCUGAGAACCCACCUCCAGCUCCCAAAGAGCAGCAGAAGGCUGAGGCCACAGAACCCCUGAAGUCGGCCAAGCCGGGCCAGGAGGAAGACGGGCCCCUGAAAGGCAAAGGCCAGGGGGCUGCCCCAGCCGACAGCAAAGGGAAGGAGAAGAAGGCGCCACCCCUGCUAGAGGGCGCCCCUCUGCGCCUCAAGCCCCGCAGCAUCCACGAGCUGUCCGUGGAGCAGCAGCUGUACUACAAGGAGAUCACCGAGGCCUGUGUGGGGUCGUGUGAGGCCAAGCGAGCGGAAGCUCUGCAGAGCAUCGCCACCGACCCCGGGCUCUACCAGAUGCUCCCGCGGUUCAGCACCUUUAUCUCCGAGGGGGUCCGCGUGAACGUGGUACAGAACAACCUGGCACUGCUCAUCUACCUGAUGCGCAUGGUCAAGGCACUGAUGGACAACCCCACUCUGUACCUGGAAAAAUACGUGCAUGAGCUCAUCCCGGCCGUGAUGACGUGCAUUGUGAGCAGACAGCUGUGCCUGCGGCCCGAUGUGGACAACCACUGGGCGCUGCGCGACUUUGCCGCCCGCCUGGUGGCCCAGAUCUGCAAGCACUUCAGCACCACCACCAACAACAUCCAGUCACGCAUCACCAAGACCUUCACCAAGAGCUGGGUGGAUGAGAAGACCCCGUGGACCACGCGUUACGGCUCCAUCGCAGGCCUGGCCGAGCUGGGACAUGACGUAAUCAAGACCCUCAUCCUGCCGCGGCUGCAGCAGGAGGGGGAGCGGAUCCGUGCGGUACUCGACGGCCCGGUGCUCAGCAACAUCGACCGCAUCGGCGCCGACCAUGUGCAGAGCCUCCUCCUGAAACACUGUGCCCCGGUCUUGGCAAAGCUGCGGCCACCACCCGACAAUCAGGACGCCUACCGCGCCGAAUUUGGGUCCCUCGGGCCGCUCCUCUGCUCACACGUGGUCAAGGCCCGGGCCCAGGCGGCGCUGCAGGCACAGCAGGUCAACAGGACCACACUGACCAUCACACAGCCGCGGCCCACGCUCACCCUCUCUCAGGCCCCCCAGACUGGCCCUCGCACCCCUGGUUUGCUCAAGGUCCCCGGCUCCAUCGCGCUGCCCAUGCAGACGCUGGUGUCGGCACGAGCUGCCGCCCCGCCGCAGCCAUCCCCGCCUCCCACCAAGUUCAUCGUCAUGUCCUCGUCCUCCAGUGCCUCGUCCACCCAGCAGGUCUGUGAGGCCCCGGCUCGAAGCCGGGGGGCGCUGUUAGCUCAGAGCGGGGCAGGGGGGCAGUGGGCAGGCAGCCCCCCACGUUCCUCACGGAUGGGUGCAGGAGGGCCAUGCAGUCGGCUCAGCCUGGCCUGCCCCCAGGUCCUGUCCCUCAGCACCUCGGCCCCCGGCUCUGGCUCCACCACCACAUCCCCCGUCACCACCACAGUCCCCAGUGUGCAGCCCAUCGUGAAACUGGUCUCCACCGCCACCUCGGCGCCCCCCAGCACCGCCCCCUCUGGGCCCGGCAGCGUCCAGAAGUACAUCGUGGUCUCGCUCCCCACCACUGGCGAGGGCAAAGGGCCCGUCUCGCACCCGUCCCCCGCCCCGGCCUCAGCCCUAUCCCCACUGGGGGGAAGCACCCUCUGUGGGGGUAAGCAGGAGGCAGGGGAGAGCCCCCCGACAGCACCUGGGACUCCAAAGGCCAAUGGCUCCCCCCCGCCCGCACCUUGACCCUGCGCUGCGUGGGAGCGAAGGCGCCGCUGCUUCCCCACGUUACUUUUUAGACACUGUACAGCCAAUUCCGAGGAAUAAAAGUUCCAUUUGUA